CUAUUUUUGAUUAACUAAAAGGUCAUCAAAAAGGAUGAAAACAGUGAAAUUAAGUUGUAUAAAUGAAUUUAGAAAAACUCAGUUUUUGUCAUUGCAAGGCACAAAUUUAACAACGUUUUCUUGUUGUUGUUGUGCGUUCUCCUCCAUCACCUUGAAAAAGAAUUGUUUUGGCUCUUAAACAUAUAUUUUGAUUGCUCUUAAAAAUCCUCACAAUACCUUUUGUGUGUCACCUUUUCCCUCUCCCUCUCAGUUUCAAUCUCUGUUUGGUAGGCUUUGAAUAUUAGUUCUUGAGAGAAUCAAUAUCAGAAGAAUUGAAGAAAGCGUCAAAUAACAUGGGGAAAGAUCAAUUAUCUCCUAGCGAGGCUGCUUCCGCAAAGCAAAAGAAAGUGGACGAUUGGUUGCCGAUAACAUCCUCUAGAAACGCCAAAUGGUGGUACUCUGCGUUUCACAAUGUCACUGCCAUGGUUGGUGCUGGUGUACUCAGCUUGCCCUACGCCAUGUCCAACCUUGGAUGGGGACCUGGAGUGACAGUAUUGUUAAUGUCAUGGCUGAUAACGUUUUACACAAUAUGGCAAAUGGUGGAGAUGCACGAGAUGGUUCCAGGGAAGAGGUUCGAUAGGUACCACGAGCUAGGUCAGCACGCGUUUGGGGAGAAGCUUGGACUGUGGAUUGUGGUGCCACAACAGCUUAUCGUUGAAGUUGGUGUCAACAUUGUGUAUAUGGUGACUGGAGGGAAGUCAUUGAAAAAGAUCCAUGACCUUCUUUGCACAGAUUGCAAAAACGUAAGAACUACGUUUUGGAUCAUGAUCUUCGCUUCCGUACACUUUGUUAUCUCUCACCUUCCUAAUUUCAACUCCAUCUCUGUUGUCUCCCUCGCGGCAGCCGUUAUGUCAUUGAGCUACUCGACAAUCGCAUGGGGAGCCUCGGUGAAGAAAGGAGUACAACCAGAUGUAGACUACUCGUUUAGAGCCACGACGAGCUCAGGGAAAGUAUUCAACUUUUUGAACGCACUAGGAGAUGUCGCAUUUGCUUAUGCAGGUCACAAUGUUGUGUUGGAGAUUCAAGCUACUAUUCCUUCAACCCCUGAGAAACCAUCUAAGAUUGCAAUGUGGAAAGGAGUGGUGGUUGCCUACAUCGUCGUCGCACUCUGCUAUUUCCCCGUAGCAUUCGUUUGCUACUACGUUUUUGGAAACAGUGUGGACGACAACAUUCUCAUGUCCUUGGAGAAUCCCACUUGGCUUAUCGUUGUGGCUAACGCGUUCGUCGUUAUCCAUGUUAUUGGAAGCUAUCAGAUAUUCGCAAUGCCCGUUUUUGAUAUGCUCGAAACGUUUUUGGUUAAGCAAUUGAUGUUUGAUCCUUCCUUCAAACUCCGUUUCAUCACAAGAACUCUAUACGUUGCUUUAACCAUGUUCAUUGCUAUAUGCAUUCCGUUUUUCGGUGGAUUACUCGGCUUUUUUGGAGGAUUCGCCUUUGCCCCAACAACUUACUACCUACCAUGCAUCAUGUGGUUGAUUCUCAAGAAACCAAAGAAGUACGGAUUGUCUUGGUCUCUUAACUGGUUCUGCAUAGUAGUAGGUGUUAUAUUGACGAUUGUAGCUCCCAUUGGUGGUCUCAGAAACAUCAUUGUCUCUGCCAAAGGCUACAAGUUCUUCUCUUGAAACUAUCACCCUCUGGCUUCAUGUGUUCAUGUGGAAUAUAGACACGUGCAUGUUAAGAGCUUCCAAAUGUAACACCAAGGUUUAAUAUAAAAAACAUGAUUGAAUGCUCUGCCUCUAUGAGUUUAUUAUCUAUUGUUGUUGUAUAUGUAUCUUUUAUAAAUAAAUUACAUAAAAUUUUCUGAAAACAA